AUGUUCAGCUCAGUGAGAAGGGAGGACAAUCGGGCAGAGCUGCGCGUGCUUGAGAACCGCGAAAAGUUGAAGUUUUUGCAGACUCACUUUUUUGUAAACCUCGAACUCAGUGCCAGGGUGAUGCGUCAUUUGAGGCCGGCGCGGCUGGGUGUGGCGUCAGUCCGUCAGGUAAACGCAGGGGAUUUAGUCACCUCAAUUGAGAAAACUGUGCGAGUCGUAAGCGAGGACGAUGCCCAUCUCCAAACUGCAUCAAGCCCUAAUUUUCGCCACAAGCAAUUCUCGAACAGCCGUUACCACAGAUUUGGAGGAGUUUUCGUUGGAUUCACGCAGCGAUAA